AUGGCCGGAUCGCCGAGGAGGCAGAUCAUCGGCCGGAACGCGAGGAGGCCUGAGGAGGCCGGAGCACCGGUGAACGCGCGACGAAAGACUGGCCCGCGGGACCCAGACGCGCCUUAUUUCGUCACGGAAGAUCAAGCGCGCUUCAUCUCUAUGAAGAUCAUUAAAUGUAAUAAGCUGAGCAGUGCUAGGCAUGAUUAUCCCAAAGCUCCUCGUAUCUUCCGUCACUUUGCUGCGUUCAUCUACUAUGACUGUCGCUCAUUUGCAGAAUAUACGGAAGUUACUUACAUUCAGGAGCAAACGAGAUCGUCUUCCUGGUUAUUGCGAUCAUGUAAAAGAAGCCGAUUUAAAAUAGAAUUGUACUUGAUAUUUGGAUAUUUGUUAACGUAUUGUUCAGCUAGAAACAAUCCGCCUAGAUUUCUCAUAGAUGGACAAACAGAAAUUGUCCUUAGAUUAAAGGAAGAGUCCGAGACUCCGAUUGGUAGCCUAAUUUAUAAGCUCAAAGGUAUCGAUCCAGAUAAUGAUAUAUUGACAUUUGGCGUUCGAGAACAGCCUGGUAGUGACGUGAUUCAAGUCGAAAAUUUCGGUUUUAAUGAAGCCAACAUUUACUUAAAUAAGUUAUUGGACAGAGAGACAAGAGAUGAAUAUGCACUCGUGUUAACAUUGACGGAUGGAAGAUUGGGGGAGGGAAAUUUUAUCACGCAAAGUCUGCUGCUUCUGGUCGAGGACAUUAACGACAAUGUACCAAUUUUCCGUCCACAUCCUACCUCGUUAACUCUUCGGGAGGAUUCACGCCCGGGUAUUUUAACAACGGUGGAAGCUACCGACGCCGAUUUGGGUGCUCAUGGUCAAGUGGUGUAUUACCUUCAGGAAUUGGAUGGCGAUAACAACGUUUUCAGCAUAUCGACCGUCAAUGGCAAGGGCGUCAUACGCAUAGUGGGUUCUUUGGAUUAUGAACGAAAGUAUCUGUAUCAACUGCGGAUCUUGGCUGUAGAUCGUGCAAUAAAUGAAAAGGUAAAUACGGGAACGACAGCGAUUUUGAUCAAAGUACAGGAUGUGGAGGACCAGCCGCCUGAAUUCAUAGCCAUGACGCCUGUCGCAAGAAUCAGCGAAAAUGUCAGGAUUGGCACAUCCGUUUUGCAAGUUCGUGCUGUGGAUGGUGAUAAGGGGAUAAACAAUAAAGUAACUUAUAGCAUCACAAAGGGACCGAGAUAUUUGUUUGAUAUUGAUGCGACUUCUGGCCUCGUGUUUACAAGAGCGCAAUUGGAUAGAGAGGCUGAAGAGAAUAGUGAUGGCACUUUUAUUCUAGAAAUUACGGUGAAGGAAGUAUCGAAAAUUGUUCCACCACCGUCUGUUAGUACCGAGGUGACCAUUAUUCUUACUGAUGUAAAUGACGAAACGCCGACAUUUAGAAGUAUGUUGUACCGUGCCGAAAUAAAUGAGAACGCGCCGGAAAAUACGCCAGUUAAUUUCAUUGGCGAUGCUGUACCAGAAAUAUUUGAUCAUGACCUGGGUUCCAACGGCACAUUUCGAAUAUUUAUUGAAGGCGAUGGUGGGAUGUUUGAUGUAACACCGUUUCGCGGGAUCAAUGAGGCACCGUUUUUAAUACGCGUUAAGGAUUCGAAUAAACUCGAUUUUGAAAAAAUAUCUGUGGUGAACUUCACUCUCGUUGCGAAAGAAAUCACGCCAAUUUCGCCGAAGUAUAGCGCGGUACCAGUUACGGUCUUUAUAAAGGAUCAAAAUGAUAAUUAUCCCGAAUUUACGGAAGAUAUCUACGAGGUGUCGAUACCAGAAAAUUGUGUCGAGGGGACAACUGUUGCUUGGGUGCAGGCCUUAGACGCAGACAGCGAUAAUCUUGGAACGCAUGGAAUACGAUACACAACUUUAGGCGGUAGCAUUGCACAUGCAUUGACGAUGGAUCCUCUUACCGGCGUAAUAACAGUUAAACAUCCCGGGUCCAGUUUUGAUCGAGAAUUAGUUGCUCGGCAUUAUCUCACCGUCGAGGCGCGAGAUAAUCUUGGAAAAGGAAAUCGCAACGCUGCGCAAUUGAUAAUUAAUAUUGAUGAUGUUAAUGACAACGCUCCUAUAUUUCUGCAAAAUAAAUACGAGGCGAUGCUGUUGGAGAAUGAGGAUCACUUUGAAUCGCCUCUGAUCGUCGAAGCGUCCGAUAACGAUUUAAACGGAACGCGAAACAGUGAGAUAAUCUACGCUCUCGUAUCAAGUGAAUUUUCCCGAAAUUUUACUAUCGAUCCAAAACGCGGCAUUGUUACACCUACCCGUCCUCUGGAUUACGAAGCUCUACCCAUUAAUCAAGGACACAAAGAAAUGAUUAUACGUCAAUUAAGAUUAACAGUGAGAGCCAGAGAUAUGGGCACGCCAAGUUUGAUUUCUGACGUUCCUCUAAUGAUUUAUUUGAGAGACGUUAAUGACAAUGCUCCGGUUUUCGAAAGAACUUUGUAUAAGAGAAAUAUUCCUGAGGACUCGCCAGGUGGCACGAAUAUUGUACAAGUAAAAGCGUGGGACAAAGAUCUAUCUUCGCCGAAUAACAAGUUAGUUUACCGAAUUCAGAGUGGAGCCGGAGACAAGUUCGUAAUUAGUCCCGAGACAGGCGUGAUCCGAGUGGCGCCGGGUUCCAACUUAGAUCCGGAUCUUACGUCGCCGAAAACCACGAGGUAUAAUUUGAACGUUAUCGCCAUCGAUAGCGGUACGGAAAUUCAACAGACGGCCGAGGUUCUCGUGAAUAUCACAAUCCUAGACGUCAAUAAUAAACCGCCAGUUUUUAUCGAUCCUGGAACUGUCACUAUCAGAGAAAACACUCAGGUCGGUGCUUACGUUCAUCGCAUAGUGGCGCAGGAUCCGGAUGUAGCUCCGAUUCUGCGUUAUCGCGUAGAUCCCAACUCAUCGGAAGCACGAAAUGAGGAGGGUACUUUAAUCAAAGUGCAAGAGUAUGACUAUCUAGCAGCGCUAGAGUUAAAUGCAUUAGAUGGCUUGCUACGUAUAGUGAAGCUGUUGCAGUAAGAGGCUUGCAAACUGCAUCCGGUUAGUUUUACUUUUGUACAUGACAAGGUCUUACUUCAAAUCUUUUUUGCAAAGUUUUUAAAAUCCACCUUGAGUAUAAUUAUCGAGGAUGAAAACGAUAAUAAUCCGAAAUUCCGGAGACCAUUUUACAGACGUUCUGUUACGGAAAAUAGUAAAAAUGGAGUUAAUAUCGUGAACAUUGUUGCCGAUGAUGCCGAUAAAAAUCGUAGCAUUACAUAUUCUUUACAAGGCCCGAAAGAGAUCACUGACCUCGUCCAUUUAGAUCAUGAAACCGGAGAAAUGGUCGUCGCUAACAAAAUCGACAGGGAAACGUACUCGUGGCUAAAUUUAACUGUCAAAGCCACAGAUUCUGGAAUUCCACCUCGAUCGAGUUUAUCAGAAGUAUACGUUCAAGUCUUGGAUGAAAACGAUAAUAAUCCGUAUUUUGUUUCGAACAUUAGUAAUGUAACUGUUAUGGAGAAUUCAAAAAUUGGCACAGAAAUUGCUGUAAUACAGGCGGCAGAUUCUGAUAGUGGAGAUUAUGGAAAAAUCACUUAUCUUUUAGACAGAAUAUCAUCUCAGGGAACUUUCGCUAUUCACUCAGAAACGGGAUCACUGACAGUAGCUGAUGUUCUCGAUUGGGAGAUCAGACACAGUUAUGUUUUGGUCAUAGAAGCGUGGGAUAAUUACCAAUUUGGUUAUACCGCGGGGGAGUCUCGAAACGCAUUUAAGCAAAUCCAAGUUACAGUCAUUGAUGUGAAUGACAAUGUUCCGAAAAUGGAUAUACCUCAAAACUGCAUCUCAAUAUCUGAAUUUCAUGACAUACGAGAUUUAAUUUAUGUUAUAAAAGUGAAGGACGCUGAUGACCCGACUACGCCGAAUGGACGCGUUGUAAUUAGAAUCACUUCCGGCAAUGAAUUAGGUUUAUUUCUAUUGGAACAAACCGAUCAUUGGACGGCAAAAAUAAAAGCUGCGCAAUCAUUAAGAGGAAAAUUCGGAAAUUAUACAUUAAAUGUUGAAGCACGUGAUCUGGGAACACCAUCCAAUAAGGACAAAGGAAUUUUAAAAAUUUGCGUCACGGAUUACAACGAUAAUCCUCCUUUAUUCAUCAGUCCUCAGCACAACACCACCAUCCGCGUUCCAGAGAACAUAACAAUAGGAAGUCCGAUUAUUCAAAUUGAAGCGAAAGAUGCCGAUACGGGAUUAAAUGGCGAUGUGCAUUAUCGUUUAAAACAGGAUCUCGCGGGCCACUGGAAGACUUUUCGUAUCGAUGAGAAAACCGGCGUAAUAUCCUUAAAAUUACCGCUCGAUAGAGAGACUCAAAAAUUAUAUGAGAUACGUGUCGAAGCAUACGAUUUGGGUACCCCGACGCCUUUAAGUUCAGAUCUCGAUUUAAUUAUUUAUGUGCGGAACAUCAACGAUUUCGAGCCGCAGUUUUCAGUGAGCGUUUUUAAUGUUAAUUUCACGGAGGAACAGCCGCCAGGGUCAGAGAUGGUGUUACUCCCAGAAACAUUUGAUAAUGAUGACGUUGACGAGUUGGAUGAUCCUCCCACUCAAGUCUGUUAUUUCAUAGUUGGCGGAAACAACGGUGGAUUAUUCGUUUUGGAUAUUUAUAAACACGAACUUGGGACUGCUAAAUUGCUGGAUAGAGAACAGCAAGAAGAACACGUAUUGCUUAUUAAAGCAACGGAGGAUUGCAAGACCAUGCCGGAAAAUCAAACAAUGUUUGACAAAACUGAUGCUACUCUACUACAAGUUAUCGUAAAAGUUGAUGACAUUAAUGACAACGCACCCCAAUUUAUUAAAGAUGUUUUUACGGGUGGCGUUACUACUGAAGCCGACUUUGGCACGCAAUUUAUGUAUAUAAAAGCAAUUGAUGCGGAUGCUGGCAACAAUGCCAUACUCAGUUAUUAUCAAGUAGGCAAAAUUCACAUGACGCUUACUGAAGGCUUCGAAGAUAUGCAAAUGCAGCCUUUUCUAGUAAAUGAAGACGAUGGAGCAGUGAGCCUGAAUUUUGAUCCUCAACGAGGAAUGAAGGGAUACUUUGAUUUUAUGGUACUCGUUAACGAUACAUAUGGCUUGCAAGAUACUGCGAGAGUUUUUAUCUAUUUAUUAAGGGAGGAUCAAAGGGUUCGUUUUGUUCUCCGUCAACAUCCGCCAGAAGUCAGAAGUCGAAUUGAGAGUUUCCGAGAAAUUCUAGGUAACGUCACUAGCGCUAUAAUUAACGUUGAUGAAUAUAAAGUGCAUGAAAAUCAAGAUGGUUCCGUAGAUAGAACGAAAACGGAUUUAUAUUUACACCUUGUAAAUCGUCGGGACAAUUCGAUUCUCGAAGUAUCCGAGGUUCUCGAGUUAGUCGACAGGAACAUCGAGAAACUCGAUAAUCUAUUCAAGGAGUUCAACGUCCUCGAUACGCAGCCAGCAAAGCCCGAACCGAUUAUACAGUAUGAACAAGCAGGAACGACUUUCUGGCUUCUCACGUUGACCCUAUUUCUAGGAGCUCUACUGAUUCUGUGUGUCGCUUUAUGUUUGUCUCAAAGGGCUUCUUUUCGAAGGCAAUUGAAAGCGGCGAACGCAUCACCAUUCGGUGUAUCAGACUCCGAAUUUAUCAGAAGUCCUGGUCGCGUCCCGAAUACUAAUAAACACAGCGUCGAAGGAUCGAAUCCUAUAUGGAUGCACGCUUAUGAAAACGAGUGGUUCAAGAACGACGAGUCGUUCAGCCAUACGUCCGAAAGAGAUUCUCUCGACGAGAAUGCGCUUAAUAACGAAGAGAUGAUGAAUGAAGCCAAUACAAACCAAAGAUCUGAGGAUAAACCAUAUUACAUAGAACCAAGAAUUUCAACUAUUUCUAGCGUGGAGAGUAUCAACAUUCAAAAUAAUUUUGACAGAAAUUCACCGAUUUACUCAGGACAAAAUACAAUCGUCAAUCCUUUAGGAAAAAAAAUCGAAACAACGGAAUUAUAGCAAAUCAAUAAGUUUUGAGAUCACACGUGAUUCAUGCUAUGCCACUGAUUAUUCUUUAGAUGUAUGGUACAAUAAAACCAAGGAUUACUUUGUAAAUAAUAACAUUGCACAAAAAUAGA